CACGUAUGAUGCAACGGUGGACGACUGCGCAGCGCGCGCAGGUGCGCAGCCCAGCCCGCGCGUCCGUCCAACCCGGAAGCGACCACGCGAAAAACCACGGCGACCGCAUCGCCUCGCUCACGCCGCUCCCCCUCCUCCCCAGCACACACCCAACUGCCCGCCCACUCACACUGUCGUGUCACCCUCCACACUCUUCCUCCUCCUCGCUCCAGCGUCGUCCAUCCCCUGACCUCCCUACCGUUGCCACCCCGGCGCACGUGUCCCCUCCCUCCCUCGCCACUUUCUCUCACCCUCUCUAAAGCGGCGGCAUCCUCUCUAGUCUCUCUCUCCACUUCUCCAGUCCCCCACCUCAUCACUCUCCCCAAUCUCUCCCCGCCUGCUCCCCUCUCUGCAGCUCUCGAUCGCUUGCUUCUCGGGCCGGGCUCCCAUGCCCCGCGGCUGAUGCGCGCCUGGCCCCAUGCCACCAAUGCCGGCGCCCGCCAUGGCCGCCAGAGCCGCGCUCUCGCUCGCAUUGCCGGCGCUGCUCCACCUCGUACUCCUCCUGCGGCUCGCCCCUGAGCCGGCCGCCGCGGUGCGCUUCGACUACGCCACGCUCACCCUCGGCAGUCUCCGGCUCCUCGGCGACGCGCACCUCAAGAAUGGCACCAUCCGCCUCUCCCGCGACAUGCCCGUCCCGACCUCCGGCGCCGGCCGCGCGCUCUACGCCUCCGCCGUCCCCGUCCGCGCCGGCUUCUCCACCCAGUUCGCCUUCACCGUCGCCACGCUCAACCCCUCCUCCGUCGGCGGCGGCCUCGCCUUCGUUGUCGCCGCCGACGACUCCACCGUCGGCGACGCCGGGCCCUACAUCGGCGUCUCCACGGCCACCGACGCCGCCGCCAUCGAGUUCGACACGCUCAUGGACGUCCAGUUCGGGGACGUCAACGGGAACCACGUGGGCCUGGAUCUCGGCUCCAUGGUCUCCGCCGCCGUCGCCGAUCUCGGCGAGGCCGGGGUCGAGCUCACCAGCGGGAGGACCGUCAACGCUUGGAUCGAUUACCGCCCCGAUAAAGGGGGGAUCCUGGAGGUGUCCGUGUCCUACGCCGCCAAUCGGCCGCGGGUGCCGGUGCUGUCCGCGCCGCUCGACCUUGGGGAGACCGUAAAGGACGCGGCGUUCGUCGGCUUCUCGGCGUCCACGCAGGGGAGCACGGAGGUGCACGCGAUCGAGUGGUGGAGCUUCUCGACCGCGUCGCCGGCGCCGGCGCCGCAUUCGGCGCCCACGCCGCCGCCGGAAUCCCCGGCGGUUGAGCCUCCGCCGAGCGUUAACCCGGUGCUUCCUUCGCCGCUGCUCCCGGGAGUCACCACGCCGUCGCCGCCAGCCGCGACGGUCUCGGCGCCGACCAGCUCGAUUUCGGCGGCGAGCGCCCCGUCGAACGCCGUCGCGGGGAAUGCCGGCGGCUCGACGCACCCGCCCGCGCACGCGGCCGUGGCCGGCGCCGCCACGGCGGGCGCCUUCGUGGCGGCCUCGUUCGCGGGCUUCGCGCUCUGGGCGCUGGCGCGGCGCGCGAGGGCCCGGAAGCGCACGGCGCUGGCGGUGGCCACGAAGCGCGACGGCCUCGCGUCCGUCGCGGCGUUCGCGCGGUCGCCGCGGGAGUUCAGCUACAAGGAGCUGAGCGCCGCCACGCGCGGCUUCGACGCGUCCCGCGUCAUCGGCAACGGGGCAUUCGGCACCGUGUACAAGGGCAUCGUCCCCGACACCGGCGCCAUGGUCGCCGUGAAGCGGUGCACGAACGCCAGCGCCAGCGCCAACGGCGAGCAGGCGCGGUCCGAGUUCCUGUCCGAGCUCUCCAUCAUCGCCGGACUCCGCCACCGCAACCUGCUCCGCCUCCAGGGCUGGUGCUACGAGAAGGGCGAGAUCCUGCUGGUCUACGACUACAUGCGCAACGGCAGCCUCGACAAGGCGCUGUUCGACGCCUCGGCCCCCGUCCUCCCGUGGCACCACCGCCGCGAGAUCCUCGCCGGCGUGGCGUCGGCGCUGGCGUACCUCCACCACGAGUGCGAGCGGCGCGUCAUCCACCGGGACGUCAAGUCCAGCAACGUCAUGCUCGACGAGGCGUUCCGCGCGCGGCUCGGCGACUUCGGCCUGGCGCGGCAGGCGGAGCACGGCGAGUCCCCCGACGCCACCGCCGCCGCCGGCACGAUGGGGUACCUGGCGCCGGAGUACCUGCUCACGGGGCGCGCCACCGAGGGCACCGACGUGUUCAGCUUCGGCGCGCUGGCGCUGGAGGUGGCGUGCGGGCGGCGGCCGAUCGGGACGGAGGGCCGGUGCAACAACCUUGUGGAGUGGGUGUGGAGCCUCCACGGCGAGGCCCGCGUGCUGGACGCCGUGGACCCGCGGCUGGGCGGCGAGUUCGAGGAGGGCGAGAUGCGGCGGGCACUGCUGGUGGGGCUGGCGUGCUCGAGCCCGGAGCCGGCGCUGCGGCCCGGGAUGCGCGCCGUCGUGCAGAUGCUGAGCGGCGAAGCGGACCCGCCGUUCGUGCCGGCGGCGCGGCCGUCCAUGAGCUUCAGCGCCAACCACCAGCUGCUGCUCAGCCUGCAGGACAGCGUGUCCGACUACAACGCCCUGGGGCUCACCCUGUCGGACUCGUCGUCGGACUCACUCAGCUCGUCGUCGCUGACAAGCACGCUGCGCAGGGGCGGCCACGACAUCGGGUUCAGCAGCACCGCCGGCGAUGCCAGGUGAGCUGACCUGGCCGAGGCGGCGGCGCGCCCCGGUGGCGAGCGGAAAUCCGACCGGCUCCCAUAACUAGCUAUAGAGUUCCUCUUCCUUGUCGAUGGCCAUUGCGAAAACAGAGCACAAUGCUCUUCCUUGUCGAUGGCCAUUGCGAAAACAGAGCACAAUGUAUGUAUUGAAGUACAUAGAUUAGCAGCAUUGGACUCCAAAGUCCAAACCAAAGCCUCCAUUUGUAAAAUUUGUCUCAAUAAUGAUUCAGAAUUCAGAUUAUUCAUUC